CCCACCACACCACCCAUGUCGCUCUCCUCCGCCCGGCGCGGGCUCACCGCCGCUCUGGCGCCUGCAGUACGCAGCGGUGCCAGCGUCGCACGGCACGCCUCGACGUCUGCCGCUCUGCCCGCCUCCGCGCCUCGUCUGCCUCCCAGCGGCGCAGCCGCCAGCGGCGGCUCCUCGCUGCCUCCUUCUCGCCUCAAGCCCCUCUCACCGGCGCACUACACUGCGCGUCCCACAUACAUCGACGCACUCCUCACGCUCGAAGACCUCACACGGCGUUCCAAGCGUGCUCUCGAGGGUGCACACGCACUCGCCGCCAACGCACCUCCUCCGCCCGCGCCUCGUCGUGCUCGAGGUUCCAACCUCUGGGGAUCUCCAGCUGCGCUGUCCCAAUCUCUGGGACUGCCGCUCAAGACGGCACAGUAUCGUCAACUCAUCACUCGUCUUUCAUUGCUCGAUCGUUACUCCUCUCUCGUUCGCUCGCAUCUCGCAUCCGGAGCGGCAGGCGCGGCGAAUGCAGAGUUGGCAGUCAGCGUCGAAGAGACGCUGUCGAAGUUUGCGCGCGACGAACGCAAGGGAGAAGCGGUGGAGGAGGAGAGAGAGUCGAAGGUCGACGAGCAAGGCCGGGCGUACUCGCGUGGUCGGAGAAAAGAUGCGAGUGCACGAGUCUGGGUCAUCCCUACCAAGAUCGAAUCUACUGCCAUCGACGCCACUUCGGACGUCAUCUCCAGCGCAGGAGAAGUGCUCAUCAACGCACAGCCGCUCUCCUCCUACUUUUCGCGCGUCGAUCUGCGCGAGCAGGUGCUUUGGCCGCUGCGCCUUACGGGGACCUUGGGCGCAUUCAACGUCUUUGGCUUGACGCGCGGCGGCGGCAACUCGGGCCAGGCUGGCGCGAUCGCCCAUGGUCUGGCAAAUGCCUUGAUUGGCUGGUUCGAGAACCAGGCGCGCGAGACGGGAGAUGAGGAGCGAUUGAUGGCGGUGCGGGCGGUGCUGUACAAGGACGGCGUGGCGAAGCGCGACCCGCGCAUGGUCGAGCGCAAGAAGCCAGGCAUGGCGAAGGCGCGCAAGGCAUACACCUGGGUCAAGCGUUGAUGCGGUCGCGGCCUCUGCAUGAGAAAGCAAAAGGGGGGGGGGGGG